GUCUGCUCAUUGUCUCCUUCCUGAUCUGUCUAUGUGGUAAGUGGGUGUAGUGUUGUCUAAUAUUUACUUAUGAUUUACUGUAAAGGAAGUGGAGCAGGACCUUCAGGAUCUGUUUCAGUGAAACCCGAAUACCUUCACAGGUGUAAGGGAACACUCUGAUCAUGGCUCCUGAUGCAGAUUUCAAAAACAUCUGGCUGGUUUGCCUCUGGAUGCAGGUUGUUUGGAGUUUAGAUGAAGUGGUUCUUCUGAAUCCUCCAGAGGAGCCUCUCCCAGAUUAUCUGUUACAGAUACUUUACUCCUGUGAUGAACCUGCAGCAGUGCAACUGGAUUGUAUUGUAUCUUUUGAAAUUGGCACCGUCUCCACAUUCUUGCUAAGGAAUUGGAGUUGCGUCCCCGGAGAACGCGUGAUAAAGACAACGAGGCUCAACCUGCCGGACUGGUUGGUGUAUCAAGCGGAUGGAGUGGUUCCAGAUUCCCAGUGGGUGCUGAGCUGCAUCCUUCGCGCCUCCGUCAGGAGCAGAGGACUGAGCGAUUCUGAGAGGUCUAUCAGGGCUCAGGAUGUGGCAUCUGUGCAGCCUAAGCCCUUCUUCAGCCGACCAUGUAAACGCCACAAGCUCUGCUUCGCAUGGUGCAAACAAAUGCUGCAAUUAACUCCAAAGUUUUUACAAAGGCAGUGUCCUUUUGAGCAAGAAACAGUUCAAAUCCUGACUACCAUCUUUGCCUCAACUGGAGAAAACUUUGGGGUAACAAAGACGCUGGAGCCCUUCAGGAACGAAUUCCUGGAAUACGUUCGACUUAAGAAUAACUUGUUUCCAUGGUGUAUGAUUUCCUUUUGGAUUUUUCUGACAAGUCACUGCAAGCAAAACCUUUGUGGUCUGUUUUACCAUAUAGAUUCCCAAAACAACUAUGUCACACCAACAGUUUUACUCAAACAAACAGGCCAUUUACACAUCCAGAUGAAUGGGGAGAGUGAGGAAUCAUCCGCGUUUCUCUCCUUGUUCACUGUGCCUUUAAACCAGUGGUGCCAAAUCAGUUUGAUGUUGGAGGGAAGGAAAGUGAAAGUUUCCAUGGCGUGCUUGAACAGAACCAUUCAAGUAUCAGAACAUGUGUUUGGGCAUGCCAUCUUGUUUGAUGACACAGAAGGAUACUUUGUCGUGGGUGGAGGGAAGUUUAUUCAGGGUGCAGAGGGCUAUUUUGGACCAGUUGUUUACAAUCGUAACAAAAUAUCGGCCCAGAAACAGUCUGAGACAGUUAUUCCAGAUGUGAUAAAGAGUUUGAACCUGACUGGAUGGCUUCAGAGCUGUCAAGAAUUUCGAGAGGAAAUGGUGACCAAGAUUAAAGGCUUUUUACUGAAGAAAAAGCAGAGAAUAGGUUUGGGUAAAAGGUUUAGAUGUCUACUUGAUAUCGGUGAAGUUAUUAUAUCAAAAGAUUGUGACUCUUUUAAUUUUUCAGAGACUGGUUUUGAUAUUUCUCAUCCAUGGAUGGGAAAGAAAGAACUUCCACCAAACUCACAGUGUGAGCCAUGGGAGAAAACCGCUCCUCACAGAAAAAAAGCUGUUGAUCUGGCCAUGUUAUUGGUUUUUAAAUAUGGAGAAAAAGUGAGCCUGGAAGCUGUCAGCAAAGCCCUGUACUCCUUAUCAGUUCAGAGGCUGAGCAGAGCAAGCAGCAUUGCAGUGGUCAGCAGAAUGUUACCACUGCUGCUCCAAGCCGGCUGCUUGGGUGAUAACGGAGCUCUACACAUGUCAUCUGUGCUCUACAGUGCGGGACUGGGAGUCCAGAAGCAACCCGUGAAGGCUUGGCUGCUCGCUCUGCUGGCUGCCCAGAAAGAUGACCGGCUGGCACUGCUGCAUCUUGGGUACAUGCAUCACCAGGGGCGGCACGGUCUCCCAAAGGACCCUGAUCUGGCCUAUGCCUAUUAUUCAAAUAUUGCAAAACAGACCACUUUGGACCGCCAUAAUCACACACUACAGCAGUCAUUUGUUGAGGCUGUUUAUUUGAACAAUGAAGAGGCCCUGAACCUCCAGACCAGAGAAGACCAUCAUAUUUUUCAGUGGCUAAAGCAUCAGGCUCAGAGAGGAGCAGCUGACGCCGAGCAAACAAUUGCCCGGAUGCUGUUUUGGGGUCAGCAAGGACUGUCUCCAAACAUCCAGGAAGCGGUGAAGCACUACAGAAGAGGAGCUGUCCAGCUGGAGGACCCCGUGUCAAUGUACGAUUAUGGGAUCGUGCUCCUGCAGGGUCAUGGAGUUGACAAAGACAUCCAAAAAGGGCUCACUUUUUUAAAGAAAUCCAUGGACCAGGGUUUUGUUCCUGCAAUCACUGCCUUAGCUUGGUACUACGAACAGUAUGAACAUGACUACAGGAAGGCGGUGCAGCUGUGGGAGAAGGCUGAUCUGCUCGGGUGUCCCGAUGCUGCUCUGAAUCUGGGUGUCAUUCAUUCACUGGGUCUGUUCCCGGGGAAACCUGCUAGUCAGUAUAUGGCGUACACAUACUAUCUGAAGUCUGCAAACAGAGGACAGAUCAGAGGAGCAGUUCACCUGGCUGAAGUCUGGGCCACUGGGAUACCCGGCAAUGUGACCAGACGGCCGUCUGAUGCAGUUUUGUGGGUUAAAUGGGCAGCAGAACAAAAUGGAUAUUUGGGCAGAAUCUUACGGAAAGCACUUGAUUCCUAUCUUUUGAGUGACAUGUUUAGCUCUCUUCUGUAUUACGUGAUAGCAGCUGAAUCAGGAUAUGCGCCAGCCCAGUUUAAUGUUGCAUACCUUUGUGAGCAAAAUGCGGGGCGUUUUCUGGAUCCUGCUUUUGCAAAACAUUGUAUGUGGACUUAUUACAACUUCACAAUCCAAAGUGAAAACUCUGACACCUAUGCGCUCAUUAGAAUGGGAGACCUGUUGUAUGAGGGACAUGGCAGCAGAGGGAGAGACCUGUUCUUUGCAGCACAAAUGUACACACAGGCAGCCCUAAAGGGAAACCCACAGGGCUGGUACAGCCUUGGCCUGCUUGCUGAGGACGUGUACAGGCUGCCCCUUUCAAUACUUUCUAAACUUGGCCUGUCAAAGUUAUACAUGGCAGACAACAGUUUACUUCAAACCGCUUUGUUUCAAAGGUGCAGAGACUCCGACAUUGCAGAUUCAUAUCUGCCUUGCAGCCUGGCCCUCUUCAAAGUGUUUUUACAGUCGUUCCAAAAGGAGUACAGUGAUUCUUUUAAGUUCUUGGCUGCUGUUGCCGUUGUCGCUGGUCCAACAGUACUCGUGAUCAUUGGAGCGCUCAGGAGACGUGUUUUGUCUCUUAACUAGAACAAAUAAUGGCAUCCCAGUGUGUGAAAAAAGCCUACUGUUAUGUAUUUUUUUUUUGUAGGAGUUAAUAAAAAAAAAAGCUUGUUCUCGGAAGAAAAAAAA